GGACCAGUGUGCACACAGUGGCUGCGUCACCCCCUUUUAGCAGAUGGAGGGUUGUGGGGGAGGGUAGGAGAGGGGAGGGUGCAUCAUCAUCCUCAUCACUGCCUUCGUCACUGGAAGACAGCGAGGAAGACUGGCGCACAGCAGAUCCUGAAAAACAAACAGCAGGUCCUCCUCCAUCAGCGGUCUCCAGGCCACCACCCUCAAAGACGAGCCCCCCCCACCAGGCAUGACCUGAGCAGCCAGAGCGCCAGCUGUCAGCCAACAUGGGUAACCAGGAGGCGAAGCAGAGGAAGGCUGCCGCGGCUUCAGGUAACGGGAGCUACCCGUCACUGGAUGAAGGCUGGAGAGACGGAGGAGGGGAGGUGACCAAGAAGGGGGGGAAGAAACUCCAUGGGAAGCAUGGAGGCAAAGGAGGAGGCGGCGCGGGUGGAGGGGGGGCCACUCACGGCACAGGACUGGGCAAAAGGAAAAACAAGUCUGAAUCCAAGUCCUCCGUGUUCUCCAUCCGGAAGAGGAAAGGGAACCUGAGGGGGAAGGCGGACCCGUGCUCCUCGGUGGGGGGGUCAAAGGAGAAUGUUUUGGACCCCCAUCAUGACGAAGGCACCAAGACGCCUGAGCUUUCUGCAGACGAGCUGGGACAGUCAGACACUGAGGCUGUGCUCCCUGACAGCAGGAAGCAGCCACAUCCAGGGAGGGUGGAUGGAGCCGGGCGAGGGAUGCUGCAGGAGGCUGCCACCUCUCCCACAGAGGAGGGGGGGCCGAAGGGGGGCAGCUCGGGCUCUGACACCGACAUCUACAGCUUCCAUUCCGCCGCAGAGCACGAGGACCUGCUCGCAGACAUCCAGCUCGCCAUCAGGCUGCAGCAUCAGCAGCAUGGGGGGGCCCAGCCUGUGGCGGAGGUGUCGGGAGGGGGAGGUCUGAGCUCGGGGGCAGGAGAGGGGAGGAGGGAGCAGUGGAACGUGAAGCCAGCCUCGCCGGAGGUGCUUGACCUGACCCCUGAGUUGGAGCUGGGCUCUGAUGCCCUGUCAUUCCUGGAGGCGGGGUCUCAGCUCAGAGACCCACCCACAGAGCCACACCCCCUCCCUAACGCAGAGCUGCUAACUGAGGGGGCCGACUGUGAGAAGACAGAUGCCAGUCUUUGUGUUGCCACAGAGACUGGAGACCAGCAUGCAUUGCACACUCUUACAGACAUCUCCAUGGUUACCCCAGUCACCCCUAUCACCAUGGCAACCAUUCCCAACAGCCUCCCAGAAGUCACAUGUGAGAGUAAAGAGGGUGAACAAGAACCAGAACUUGAAACUUUCCAGGUGGAGCCAGAGGUGGAAGCAGACAUCAGCCCCCCAGCUGUGGACAGCAGAAGAAGUCCCGAACCAGUGGGCGGAGUCAGCUCCAGCUCCGUAUUUGAGGAAGGCGGCGGUCAGCUGGGCUCCGCCACCAGCGCCGAAUCCCUGGAGGACGGUCCCAGCACCGGCUCUGAACCCACCCAUCCUGUGGCCGUCCACACCGACUCCCCCAUCUCUGAGCAGCAGUGCACGCCCACCCCCCAGCAGAGCCCCAAAUCAGCCAAAAGCCUCCUCAGGUCCUCUCACUCUCCAAUCCACGGGGUGAAGCCUUACCCUCCCAUAUUUCCCUCCUACAUCAAGACCACCACACGGCAGCUCAGCUCCCCGGGUCUGUCGCCCUCACACAGCCCCUUGUCCCCCCGCAGGGCCCACCAUCACCUGCACAGGACCACGGCUGAAGGUCGCCGAGCCCGCAGGCAGCGCUCCAAGAGCCUCGCCGGGCCCCUAAGUCACUCUGCUGACUGGACAGAGGAGCUGGAGAGGAGGCUGAACAGCAGGGAGGAGAUGGGAGGAGGCUCUGGGGAGCAUCUGCUGGGCUACAGAGGAGGAGGCAGUCAGCCCAUCUGCGCCACCAGGAGAUCGUCCGUCUGCGGCUUUCAGGACGUUUUCUCAGGCCGAACUCUCCUGGAGAAGCUGUUCCUGCAGCAGAAGCAGGAGGAACCGGAGGAGGCGGAGAGGCUUUGCGCCCGGAUCCUGGCCAUGGGUCUCCUGCUGCCCUUCACUGACUGCUUCAGAGAGCCAAUAGGAGACAGCCCCGCCCACACCUGCUCCACCGCUUCAGCAGCGUUUGACCAUGAUCAGCUGUACACGUGGGCUGCUGUCAACCAGCCUCCCCACGCCCUGGAUCCUCUGGAAGGGAAAAUGCUGAGUCUCAUCAGAGGACCCUGUCCUCCAAACAGGGCGAGUGGAGACAACCUGGCGGGAUCCAAGUCUACAGAACCAGAACACCAUGAAAUCAUCCUAAAUGGGAAGGAGCAGCUGAAGGAGCAGAUGCCAGAGGAGCAGAACUCCCACCCAACAACAAAACUGAAAGAAAAACACGUCAACGUCAUUCAGCAGCUGGAACAAACCAUUGAGGACCUCAGGACCAAGAUAGCUGAGCUCGAGCGACAGCCCCCUCUGCUGGACAGGGAGAGUAUGACACCCCCCAUUUCUACGAUAGACCGGGAAUGUGGGGGGGAGGACGGCCUGCUGAGGCCAUCGUGUGACGCUCACCUGCAGACUGAGGCAGCGUCUUGUUUGAGCUGCCUGGAGGCCAAGUCGGUCCAGACGUCGCCCAUGGAGGAGGCUUUUAAGUUCACAGCAGCCCCCAGCGAGGCAGCCCCGCCCCCAUGUACAUGUCUGCAGGCCCCUCCACAGACGGGCCAGACUGGUACCCAUCCACCCGCACCACCCCCUCCUCCACCUUUACCAGGAGUUCCACUCACAGUUCCCCCACCACCUCCUCCGUUACGACAUGCUGGCCCGUCUCCCCAUCCUCCCACAGGUCCCCAUGGCUGUGCCCCUCCCCCUCCUCCUCCUCCUCCUCCACCAGGAGCCAUUCCUCCAGCUCUUCCAGGAGCCCUGGGUUCGCUGCCUCCUCCCCUUCCACCUGGACUUUUCUCUUUGGGAAUAACUCAGGAGAAGCCGCCCAGAAAGGCUGCGGUGGAGCCCCCGAGACCCAUGAAGCCUCUGUACUGGACUAGGAUACAGCUACACACCAAAAAGGAAAGCACUUCCUCUCUGGUGUGGGAGACUAUCGACGAGCCGAGUGUGGACUUUGAGGAGUUUGUUGAAUUGUUCUCCAAAACAGCUGUGAAGGAGAAGAAGCAACCGCUGUCUGACACCAUCACCAAAUCCAAGGCAAAGCAGGUUAUGAAGCUCCUCAACAACAAGCGCUCUCAGGCAGUAGGAAUCCUCAUGUCUUCAUUGCAUCUGGACAUGAAGGACAUCCAGCAUGCUGUCCUGAACUUGGAUAACACCAUUGUUGAUCUGGAGACUCUGCAGGCGCUGUAUGAAAAUAGAGCGCAGCAAGAGGAGCUGGACAAAAUCGAAAAGCACAUGAAAUCUUCUCAAGGCAAGGACAACGCCAAGCCCCUGGACAAACCUGAACAAUUUCUCUACCAGCUUUCCCUGAUUCCAAACUUCUCCGGUCGACUCUUCUGCAUCCUCUUUCAGUCCAGCUUUUCCGAGUGCAUGACUUCCAUCACCAAAAAGUUAGACACGCUGCAGAAGGUGUGCAAGGCGCUGCAGGACAGUGAGACGGUGAAAAGGAUUCUGGGUCUGGUUCUGGCGUUUGGUAACUACAUGAAUGGUGGGAAUCGAACUCGGGGCCAGGCUGACGGCUUCAGUCUGGAUAUUCUGCCGAAGCUCAAAGAUGUAAAGAGCAGCGACAGCACCAGGAGCCUCCUGUCCUACAUCACAGCGUACUACCUCAAACACUUUGAUGAGGAUGCUGGCAGAGACACGUGUGUGUUUCCUCUGCCGGAACCUCACGAACUGUUUCAGGCCUCCCAGAUGAAGUUUGAGGAUUUCCAAAAAGACCUGACUCGACACCGAAAAGACCUGAGAGCGUGUUCAGCAGAGGUGGAGAAAGUGUGCAAAGUGUCUGAUGAGGACAAUCUACAGCCAUUCAAGGAGAAGAUGGAGGACUUUCUUGCACAAGCUCAGAGCGACCUGCAGACCCUGGAGGCUCAGCUCAGCAGCACCCAGAAACUUUUCCUGGAGCUCACAGUGUUCUUCUCAGUGAAGCCCAAAGGUGGGGAGAAGGAGGUCUCACCCAACACCUUCUUCUCCAUCUGGCACGAGUUCUCCUCUGACUUCAAAGAACAAUGGAAGAAGGAGAACAAGUCUAUUCUCAAGGAGAGGUUAAAAGCAGCAGAGGAGUGUUUCCGCCAGGCCAAGGAGAAAGCUUCCUACAGCGUCAAACCCAAGCAUGCUUCUGGCAUUAAAGCCAAGCUGGGAAUGAAGAUAUGACUCGAGGACUCCAUGUUCCGUCUUCUUACUUUGGUCACCAGCAAGUCAAAAUUUGUCACAGUCACAGACAAAACAAGAAAAAACCGAGAGAACUGGGACAGGAAACAGAUUUCAGUGAAUUCAAUUCCAAAGAGGUAGUUCACAACUGAGGUUCAUGUUACACAAAAAGCAAAAACAUCAAAUCGAGCGUUCAUAUAAUUCAUUCGAGUCCAGAUAUUUCCAACAAGGCCAGAUUGUCAUAUAUAUAUAUAUAUAUAUAUAUAUAUAUAUAUAUAUAUAUAUAUAUAUAUAUAUAUAUAUAUAUAUAUAUAUAUAUAUAUAUAUACACAGUAUAUACAUAUAAGAGCCUAUGUUCAUUCCCCAUUGGAUUAGGUUUUAAGUGUAGUCCCCAUACUGAGCAAACAAAGGGCAACACUGGAGUAUGGAAAGACUAAGAGGAUACCUUCAACAGAACCAGUUUAAAAAGUAGUGACCAUCUGUAGUGACUGUUUGGGGUCUGAGAGUAUAAAAAGAAGGCAGACAACCCCAAAGAACACAGGAACAUCCGUCAUAAGACAAAAAUGUAUGUUAGUAAUUGCAGCAGCAGAAUGGAAGUGAAUGGACAAACACCAAAUCAAGUAUUAGCUUACCAUCUCAGGUUGUCACUGGAACAUCUGUUUUAGGACAACAAAAAUGAUAGACUCAAAAAUUCCUACAUCUGUUAGGACAUAAGAACGUCAUAAGAGCAAACAGUCUGGAAAGCAAAUGACCAUGAAGUCACAGAACAUCUGUAAUCAGACAAAAACAAACUUCAGCAGCUAUGAUGACAUCAUAAAGAUCUUAUGGACAUCUACUCCAGGACAGAAUAUUUUGGUUCAUAAUCCCAGCUGUGACAGCAUAGAAAGCUGACUGGAACUCCUCCUUAGUGUCACAUAAUACAAAUAUAAGUCAUCAUAUCACAGUUCUGGACUGUGAUUACUUGGUAUUACUUCAGAAGAUGGUCUGCGGGUAAAAUAAAAACAUUCCAUUCUGGAUAUGCUUUUUAAAGUUAACAGUAUUUUUCCUGGUCUGUUGGUUUGCAAUCAAUGGGAAAACUAUUUCCAUUUCAAUCUUUUAAUUUUUGUAUUUUUAUUUAAAGUAUUUUCAUUUUAUUGUAUUGUAAUACUCCUCUUUCAUUACUCACAGAAGUAGAACUUUCACUACAUGCUGUUCUUUGCCUAUACAUUCUGUUUCACUCUAGUUCAAAUCCGUCCCUGUUGUUAUUACUAAUUUUGGAGACUGUGGUGGCAAAUGUCAGCAAUAAUAUGUGUAUGCUGCUAGAUUUAUUGUUCCUACUGAAGAUACAACUUCUAAGCAAAAAAGCAGAAAGAUAUCAAAUGAGCCCUCAUGUGCUUCAUAAAAUCCUUGGUUCUUCGGAGUUUAACAAAUGAAUGAAUUCUAGCCUUGGGUAACAAUUUUCACUCUUCAUCAAACCCAUGGAAGUUCAUCAUAAAAUCAAUGGUUGUGUCUGAAUUCCCUGACUAAUCACCACAUAGUCUGCUAAACACGGGGUUUGAUAUUUUUUAGGGGUUACCAAUUCUACAAUUCUACAAUUCCAAGAGCAGUAUCCUGGAAAUGUCCCAGAAUUCUCUGUGAACAACUGGUGUACAUCAUUGCUCACUAGAUUGGCAAAUAUAGACCACAGUGCAUUGCAUUUGAAUAUUUUUUUUAUUUAAAAAAUACAUUAUUUUUUUUUUUGUAUAAAUCAUCAAGUUUUCAUCCUCUGACUACAUACAAAGUUUUUGUAAAAUGCCUUAGUUUUUUUACGUCAGAAAGUGGGUGAUGUCAAAGUUGCCCUUUAAAAAAAAGUAGUGAGCAUGUGUCCGAAUUAAGUUAAAAUCCAGGCUAUUACAUGGACCUGCACUAUAUAGUCUUGUGGAAAUAUGGAAUUCUGACAUGGCCAAUGAGUUGAUGUUUCAAGUAUUUAUGUACCCAUCUUCGCUUCAGCUCAUGAAAGUUUGUGCUCAAGUCUCCAAAAUCCACUACAGUGCACUGAGAUCCACCGUAGCUCUAUGAAGGUCCAACACAGCAUUAUGGAGGUCCACCAUAGCUAUAUGGAGGUCCACCACGACUAUAUGGAGGUCCACUGUAGCCAUUUAAAGGUCCGCCAUGGCUAUAUGGAGGUCCACCAUAGCUAUAUGGAGGUCCUUUAUGGCUAUAUGGAGGUCCACCAUGGCGAUAUGGAGGUUUACUAUGGCAAUAUGAAGGUCCACCAUGGCUAUAUGGAGGUCCACCAUAGCUAUAUGGAGGUCCUUUAUGGCUAUAUGGAGGUCCACCAUGGCUAUAUUAAGGUCCACCAUGGCUAUAUGGAGGUCCACCAUAGCUAUAUGGAGGUCCUUUAUGGCUAUAUUAAGGUCCACCAUGGCUAUAUGGAGGUCCACCAGGGCUACAUGGAGGUCCUUCAUGGCUAUAUGGAGGUCCACAAUUGCUAUUUGGAGGUCCUUCAUGGCCAUAUGGUGGUCCACCAUGGGUAUAUGAAGGUCCACCAAGGAUAUAUGGAGGUCCACCAUUGCUAUAUGGAGGUCCACUAUGGCUAUAUAUGGAGGUCCACCAUGGCGAUAUGGAGGUUUACUAUGGCAAUAUGAAGGUCCACCAUGGCUAUAUGGAGGUCCACCAUAGCUAUAUGGAGGUCCUUUAUGGCUAUAUGGAGGUCCACCAUGGCUAUAUGAAGGUCCACCAUGGCUAUAUGGAGGUCCACCAUGGCUGUAUGGUGGUCCCCCAUGGGCAUAUGGAGGUCCACCAGGGCUAUAUGGAGGUCCACCAUGGCUUUAUGGAUUUCCACAAUGGCUAUAUGGAGGUCCAUCAUGGCCAUAUGGAGGUCCACCAGGACUAUAUGGAGGUCCACCAUGGCUAUAUGGAGGUCCACCAUGGCUAUAUGGAGGUCCACCAGGACUAUAUGAAGGUCCACCAAGGAUAUUUGGAGGUCCACCAUUGCUAUAUGGAGGUCCACCAUGGCGAUAUGGAGGUCCACCAUGGCUAUAUGAAGGUCCACCAAGGAUAUAUGGAGGACCAUCAUGGCCAUAUGGAGGUCCACCAGGGUUAUAUGGAGAUCCACCAUGGCCAUAUGGAGGUCCACCAUGACUGUAUGGAGGUCCACCAUGGCUUUAUGGAGGUCCACCAUGGCUAUAUGGAGGUCCACCAUGGCUAUAUGGAGGUCCACCAUGGCUACAUGGAGGUCUACCUUAGCCAUUUGAAGGUCCACCAUAGCAUUAUGAAGGUAAAUCAUUGUUAUAUGAAGGUGCACCAUAGCUCAAUAAUAGCUCUAUGAAAGUAAACCAAAACUGUCUGAUGCUCCACCACAGCCUUAUGAAGAUGCAAGUAGCUUAGUGAAAAUCCACCUCAGCUCUCUGAAGAUCAACUACAAAGUCAUGCAGCUUCACUGAGUGGUAUGAACGUACAAACAGCUUCAUGAAAGUCCACCAUACCUCUAUGAAAGAACACCAUCUGAUUGUCCACCACAGCCAGUUGAAGUUCUACAACAGCCUUAUGAAGGUUCACCACAGCUCUCUGAAAGUCCACUACAAUUCUUUGAAGGGUGACUACUGUGCUCUGAAGGUCCAUCACAGUUUUAGAAGGGCACAACUUACAUGUUUGAAGGUCCACCACAGUUCUUUGAAAAUACACAUCAGUUCUCUGAAGGUUCACCAGAGUUUUUUGAUGGUUCUCUGAAGGUCCAUCACACUUCUAUAAAAAUCCACCUACUUUUAUUGAAGGUGUACUCCAAAUACGUGGAGUUUCUCCACACCUUUCAGAAGGUCGGAUGCAGUUCCAUGCAGGUCUAAUAUAAAUGUGAAAAGUGAAGGUGUUGUUUUGUUGGAAUCUACUGUAUGUAAGUGGAGUGUACAAUUGUAAAAAAAAAAAUUGCUUCAGAUGUAAAUAAAAUAUUUCUUAACAAAAAA